AUGACGAGACUAAUACUUUCCACCUCAAAUAUUAUGAUCGGGGGUCCUUCCAUCAUCCGAAAACCCGGCGCAGAUGGAUCAAAUCUCGAACUCACAAAUUCCCUUCGAAGCAAUUUCGUCGCUGCGCAACAAGAUUAUUCACCCACUUCCUCAUAUGCAAAUGGAGUCAAUGGACACGAGGAAUCCGAUGAAGAAAAUGGCGCUUCAAGUCGACCUCCAGUUUCUAUUUGGACAACAAGACAAGACAAUGACUUUUACAUUCCCACCAUAGACUGGUCUUUAUCUGGACUUGCAGAAGAGCCCGAAAAUUACGAAAUCACUGUUAAAUUAUUCUACUUGGCAAGCGCCAAUGUAGAAUCCAGAUCAAAAUACACAAAAGAUGCUCUAAAUUUGGUAAUGAAAGAACUGGGUGUCAAUUCAAUUGAUCUCCUAAUUGUUUCAUUUCCCGGAAUGUCCUUCGACGGCGAUUGUGAAUGGGAAGCAGACAAAAAGAAUUCGGAACAAGGCAAUGAAGCCGAUGAACUUGCGACCUGGCCUAUAUUGGAAGACUUAUAUGAGCAAGGAAUUGUGAAGAAAUUAGGUCUGGCGGAAUUCGGCAGCGCAAAACUUGCUAAAUUUUUGGCGAACGUCAGAGUACGACCGCAAGUCGAUCAGAUAAAUGUUAAAAAUUGUUGCAGAGUUCCACAGCCUUUGCUCAAGAUCGCCAAACAAGAGAACAUCGAACUUUUCACUCACAAUGAUUGCACCAAUAUAUUACCUAGUGGAACUUUGCGAGAGCUAUUGGGACAAGGAAUAAAUGGUGCUGGUGUGUUAUCGGAAUCUAAGAGGGGGAUUGAUGGUAUGAAAGGUGAUUUGAAACCGGAAUGGGUGGUCAAAUAUACCGCUAUUGUCCGGGAUCGUGGCGUGAUAGAAAAUAAGGGAUAUUUCGCUUCAGCGGAAUUGAGGGAAUGA